AUGGCCAUGCUCUUUCGAAGAAGAGGCUCUCAGCCGACCACCAGCCGACCAACCCAUCGUCGUGGCCUGAGCAAGGACACCAUCUCCCGCCCAACAGAAAUUCUUCCCUUCGGCACUGGACACAAACUCGAUUACGCCCUGAUUUCGCUCAAAGAGGCGGCGGCUAGAAAGAGUGACGAGCAACCUCGCCCGCCCUUUGAGCAGAUCCACAGGCGGAACCGAAGUGAGCCAUUGCUCUCACUUCCUGGAAUCAAAGAUCACGACAAACCAACUUUGACGUCGAGCAUGAUGGUUCAAAGCUAUGGGGACACUGCGCUCUCCGACAUGCGCCGUCGGCAGAGUGAGAAGCCACUUCCCCCAACGCCGACAACGGGGGCGCCUCCAGCCAGCCAGGUCCGUGUCGUCAGCGACGCCCUUAGCGAUGAGCCACUGUCCUUCGAAGGUUUUAUCCUCGAAGCAGACCUCGAGCUCCACGAGUCUGCGAGAGACGAUAAUUCGUUGAUUCGCCCGCUCUCGUUCUUGGAGCAUACAUUCCCUCAAGAUGAACGUCGCGAGAUCGACCAGCGGUUUAAGGCGUACAAACAGAACAGCAAAGAAUCGGUGGGAUCGAACCUCUCCGAUUUUGAGGUCACCCGAGGAAAGACAAGAAGAGGACCAUUUCGAUUUACGAUGGAAAUGGUUCUCACUGCUCUCCGAGACCACGAGCAGGUAAUUAUGGAGGACGACGCGUCGUCACCGAGUCUUUACCCGGAAGAGGAGAGCACGCCAGUGCCAUUGACGCGGACGGUGGAGGAUGAGGUCACCGAAGAAGACUUUGUAGAGCGCGUCCUCCGUGAGAGCAUCGUGGUGCGUCGCCACACCCGCCAACGGAGCGAAGAGGAACAGCGCCUCGUCGAAUCAAGGCGAAACGCCGUGCUGAUCUCGGACGACGAUAUGGGAUUCUUAUCGAGUGUCAUCAUGGAUGGCGCUUUCUUGGCCGACGAGCCAGAUGCUCUCGAUGUUGGCGUGGACCAGAAUUGCGUCGCCACACAUCACCGCAGCUCACGAUUCUGA